AUACUGAUGAGUGUGCAUCCCAACCUUGUCAAAACAACUGAACUUGUAUAGAUCUGAUCAAUGGUUACCAAUGUAACUGUACAGAUGGGUUUAAUGGAACGAACUGUGAAAUUGAUAUGGAUGAGUGUGCAUCUGAACCUUGUCAGAACAACGGAACUUGUAUAGAUCUGAUCAAUGGUUACCAUUGUAACUGUACAUACGGGUUUAAUGGAACAGACUGUGAAUUUGACGUCGAUCUGUGCGCUUCCUUCCCGUGUAAUAACAACGGAACCUGUAUUGAUUUGACCAAUAGAUUCCAGUGUCAGUGUCCUUUGGAAUUCAAUGGAACUACCUGCUCUACAGAAUCAUAUUUAACGAAAUUCACAAUUGAAUUAAAACUAGACGUAACAAUAUCAGAAGAUUUGUCUUCAAGCACUGAUUACAACACCGUUAAAAGUAAAGUAUAUAUUGCCUUAACAGAAAUGUAUUCCACGAUACCAGGAUCUACAGUGAUCAUACACAGUCUACGAAUUCAACAAGAAAGGAAGGGAAGUCUUAUUGUUGACUUUGAUCUCAUUAUUCCGGAUGAUCCUGUAUCCAAGGUUCAGGUAGUGGACACUGUUUAUAAGCUUGUGAACGGUCUAGCCUUUGUCAACUACUCCGGCGAGGUUGUGAACGUAACAUCAGCAUCAUUCAAUUCGUCUGCUGGCACCGUUAUUAUCACCAAUUCCACUGACGGAUGUUCCAUUAUGAAUUCCCAGAGCGUGUGUUUCCCUGGAUACAGGUGUCAUGAGUUUAACAACUACACAGUGGCCUGCAUUCCAAUUAUCAGUAAGUAUAAACUUAAAACAUUUAUUUAAUGAAUCAGUUCCUCUAUUUACGUAUAAAAAAUGUGCAUAAAAUUGACAAUAAUGUCUGAUUUUAUUACGAUGAACUAUGUUUAAUUUUAUAUAUAAUCAAUCUUUUCACAACUUAAAAUUGUUUAUUGUGCUGCAGCUACGUACAUGUUACCUUUAUUUCUUAAUGACGUAUUUAAUUUUGUCGUUGAAUUUUUUCAAUUUUGUAGUUAAUCUUUUGAGUGAAAGAUGAAUGAAUGUGAUGAGCUUUACAUGUUUUUGAUUUUUGUGUUUUACACGUUUAAUAUUUUCAUUUGAAUUGUGUUUUUUUUAUAUGUUCUUAUCAAUUUAUAAUUCAAAUAACAACAAUUUGAUUCUCAGAAAAUUGCAUUUUUUUUAAAAAGGACUGUUUCUCUUAUACACGGAUGUUAAUGCUUAUUUUCUUUUUACAGAUUGUAUGAAAUUGAAAGUUUGUAUAAACAAUUAUUCUUUCUGUGAACAUACUAAAGUACACGUCUUUUAUUUAAUCUAAACUUCAUUUUAAUAAAAUUUGAUAAGAAUAAAAUAUAAUAGUUGUAUAAAUAUCUUUUUUCUUUACAGUUUCAGAUAAAAGAGCAACCUUCGGACUCUAUUGUAAACCAGGAAUCACAAAAAAUAACAUGUCCAUAGUUUUUUUUUAUUGUGAAUCGUACUUUGUAAAUAACAAAAAGUUCAAUGUAAAGUCAUUUCUUAACUUUUGUAACUUUAAUUACAUGAUUGACACAUAUGUUUAUGUCUUAUUAUGUUAUAAACGUUGCACAAAAAGUCCUUUCGUACUUCACCUUUCUGUUCCUAAAUCAUUUAUUCACCUACAAGUUUUGUCGAACUAGCAAAAUGACUAUAUCAUUCUUAAAUUAUAGUUAUCAUCUUAACAUAUACUCGGUAUAAGUAUAUAAAUAUCUAAGUUUAAAAACGAAUAUAUUUUUCAAAAAUUGUUCCUAGAUAAAAGUUUAUAGCUAAAAAUAUCAUUUCGAUUUUCAUGUGAAGUUUAUGAUUAAUUUGUUGAUCAAACGGCCUUCUUAAUUUUUUCAGGGGGGGGGGGGGGCAAAUUUUGUAGAUGGGACAAAAGUUUUUAAAAAUAAUUGCACUUUUAUUAACAUAGCUAAGAUAAAAUCAUUUUUAGUAAAUAUUCCAAUUUGAAAUGUACACGAAUUGAAUAUGUUUUAGGAGUUACCUAAUUUCAAACAAUGAACAUUGUAUCGGAAGGAUUGGAAAUUAAAAUACAUAAACUCUUAGACCAACGACCCAUAUCAGUGCAUAAAUCAAGAUUGAGUGCAGAGAUGACGGGAAAUUCAUUAAAACUAGUCUUUCUUUAAUGUUGUACACAUUGAAAAAUCAUGAAGACUAAACAAAUGACAUUAAACUUGUUCAUAUAUUGCAUGCACACGAUACUUUGCUGUCAAUAAGCCUUAAAUCGUCUCAUAGUGCUAUGAAAAAAUCCUUAUUGAUACUAUGACAAGUGCUUCCGUUGUUGUACAAUGCUAAAUAUGUCACUGAAUAACAUGUAUGAUUUCCUGAUUCAUGACUACAUAUAUUAAUAAAAUAAAAUUGGAAAUCAACAAUUUAAUUUUCUUAUGACUAAAAUGAAGUAACUAAAGAAACAAUACCUUUCAAUAUCACACUGCUCCGUAAAAAUAUAUACCUCUAUUUGGUAUUAUAUAAUCAACAUGAAUUCAAUUGAAUAACAAAAUCAAAAGCUAAUUCCCAAAAUAAUUGUACAAAUAUGAUGUACGUUAGUGUACCUCUAAUUUUAAUUUAAAAUAUCUGAGAUGGCAUUGAUGUUAAUUUUAUAUUCUAAUGCAUUGCUGGAUCUCUGUUUCUGGCAGAAAUUCAUGCUGUUCAUCGAUGUAUCAAAUUGUCCUUGUUUUUUAGGAGGAGGUUAUCCCAUCAUAAUCUUUUGUCGAAUAAACUCUUGAUUUUCUAUCAUUCCUUGCUUUCCCAUCAUGCCUUGUUUUCCCAUAAAGCCCUGAUUACCCAUUAUUCCAGGUUGUCAUGGCAUCACGCUUAAGCCUGAUAUAGUAUGUGGUCUAAAGGGCUAAUUUUUCUUUUUUGUUCAUGGAAUUAAAAGAUGAAAUGUUUACUGGAGAAUUUGUCCUUUGUGACUGACUACUUUUCAUUUCAGUUAGAAACAUUUUUAGUUGCAAAACGCUGAUGAGAAAUGAGUCAAAUACAAGUAGAUCAAAAGACUGUUUAUUAUUUGUCCCUGAUGGUGGUCUAGAUCCUGAAGAACCCUGCAUCUGACCCAUCGAUCCAAUCCUGAAUAAUUGAGAAAACCCACCAGUACUGGAUGCCUCACUUUGUGAAAAGCACAUGAAAUAAGAAUUCAAAUUUUGCUGCUGUUCAAUUUUUUUUUCUGAUAUCCAAUCCUCCUCGGUUGUCCCAUUAAACUGGAAAUUAUUAGUGAUGCUGACUUACUUUUGAUUCUUAACCACAGGGGUAAAGCCGUAAUUACUGUUGGACAUUGUAAUUGGUUUUUGCUCUUUGAACCUUCUUUGCUGUUCCUUCUGCUACCCUAGGCCCUAGCCUCUGUUUUGAUUACAAAGUUAGAUUGA